AUAGUCUUUCGAUUUAGCCUUCGUAUGGCCCAGAUAGAAGCAGCAGAGAACAGAGUGAAACAGAGAGAAUAUGAGCGCCACGAAGAUGCUCGCUUUGGGAAUUCCCAGCCCCCAGCGCGAUGCAUUUCGCCUCCUCCCUCGUCCAUCGCUCGCUUCUUGUAAGCAUGCCGCCGUGCGCCUUGCUCCUCUCGCUACCUCUUCUUGCUCUGGUGCCCUCUUCCCCUCCACCACCACACCGCACACUGAUGGCGACGGCAGCAGCAGCAGAAGGAAACUACGGCGGAGAUACCGCCGUAUACCUCUUCGAAAUUGUGUGGCAACUAAUUCAGUCACUGACAAUUUGGAGAAGCAAAGUGAAGUUGAAGUUGCAAAUGGGUACACUAUGACACAGUUCUGUGACAAAAUGAUCGAGUUCUUUAUGCACGAGAAACCACAAACAAAGGAUUGGAGGAAAAUCUUGGUGUUUAGGGAUGAUUGGAAGAAGUACAGGGUGAACUUCUUUGACCGAUGUCAAGUACGUGUAGAUAUUGAAAAUGACCCAGUAAUGAAGCAGAAGUUGAUAUCAUUUGCCAGGAAAAUGAAGAAGAUAGAUCACGAAGUAGAUAAUCAUAUGGAACUUCUCAAGGAGAUUCAAGAAAAUCCUCUGGACAUUAAUGCUAUUGUUGCACAGAGGAGAAACGAAUUCACCAGUGACUUCUUUCAUCAUCUCAAUAUACUACAAGAAUCCCUUGACAGCCUGGAGGAUCGCGAUGGAAUAGCCAGACUUGGAGCUAAAUGCUUGUCUGCUGUAAGUGCUUACGACAACACAAUUGAAAACUCAGAGAUACUGGAAACAGCACAAUCAAAGUUCAAUGAUAUUCUAAAUUCCCCUUCCUUGGACGAAGCAUGUGAAAAGGUUAAGAGCCUUGCUAAGGCAAAUGAACUGGACUCAUCCUUGAUUCUUCUGAUAAAUAGAACUUGGGCAGCAGCAAAAAACUCUACCACAAUCAGGAACGAGGUUAAAGACAUUAUGCAUCACAUAUAUAUGGCAACAAAAAAAAGCAUCAAAAGUAUUGCGCCCCAUGAGAUUAAGUUAUUGAAGUAUUUGUUGAACAUUACUGAUCCUGAAGAGCGAUUUAUGGCGCUUGCCACUGCUUUCUCUCCUGGAGAUGAACGCGAUGUCAAAGCUACUGAUGUUAUAUACACAACUCCCAAGGAGCUGCACAAAUGGAUUAAGAUAAUGCUCGACGCCUAUCAUUUAAAUAAAGAAGAAACAGACUUGAUGGAAGCAAGGAAAAUGAGUGAUCCAGUGGUAAUCCAAAGACUUUUCGUUCUGAAGGAAACAAUUGAGGUAGAAUACUUGGGGCAACCUUCUGAUAAGCAAGACCAAGAAACCGACUAAAACACGCGGUCAUUAUGGUUUCCAUAUCAAGACAGCGAGUGAGUCCCAAUAUGAUCUUACAUGUUUUGAAUAUGAACUUCCCUGAAUCAAAACAACAGGGAUGGUGUCCAAUCAUAAUGCUGACUAAAGAUCAUCAUUGACAUUGGAUUGGAAGGUUAGAAUGCUUAGCAGUUUCAGAUUUUCGAGCACGCGCAAUACGAUUUAAAAGAUGAUUGUGUGUAUCCCUUUUGCUGUUGACUUUGUGAGAUCCUUAGAGGUGGUUCUUGUGAAGCAUGCUUAUACUCUUUUUCUCCUUUUUCUUGCAAGAUCUUUAAGAAUGUUAAUUGUAGUUUUUAAGAUACUAACCGACCAUUUGACUGACUGGCUAAAGGAAUGCCUAGUUAAUCUUAUUUAAAUCUGACUAUUUGAAGGAAAAUAAUGAAAAUUGAUGAAA